UGGGUUGUCUAUUCUGGGUUUAUCAAAUUUUAUACAUUCAGUUGUUAUAUUUGUGCUCUCAAAGUUCUGCAACACUCUGCUCUCAUGACCAGAGUUCUGCACUCCUCCAAUUUAAGCAACUCUUUUCCUUUGUCAAUCGUUCGUCCUUUCAUUGUGAUGAUUAUGCAUACUAUGCAUCUCUUUUUUCUCCAUAUUGUGAUGGAAGGUGUCCUUCUUAUCCUAAAACAAUGUCUUGGAAAGAAGAUGAAGAUUGCUGCUCUUGGGAUGGUGUCACUUGUGAUUCUUUAACAGGUCAUGUGAUUGGUCUCGAUCUUAGUUGUGGCUGGCUUCAAGGAAAUAUCCCUUCCAAUAGUAGCCUUUUUCUUCUCAAUCAUUUGCAAAAGCUGAACUUAGCUUACAAUGAUUUCAAUCUCUCUCAAAUUCCUCCUGAUUUUAAUCGAUUCACUAGUUUGACACACCUUAACCUUUCCCACUCAAACUUUUCUGGUCAAAUUCCAUCUGAAAUCACCCACUUAUCUAAAUUGGUCAAGCUUGAUCUUUCUAAAAAUUCCCUUGAAACAGCUACUGUAAAGGGGUUAGUUCAAAAUUUGACCGAUUUAACAGAACUUCUUCUUGAUUCUGUAAACAUGUCUACUGUUGUACCAAGUUCCUUCAUGAAUCUAUCUUCUUCUCUGUCUUCUUUGAGUCUCUCGAAUUGUGAGUUGCAAGGGAAGUUUCCAGAUAACAUCUUUCUCCUACCCAACUUAAAAAUCCUGAAUUUAGCAUAUAAUUACAACUUGACAGGUAUUUUGCCAAAGGUUAACUGGAGUAGCCCCCUCAAGUUUUUGGAUGUCUCUUACAUGACUUUGCCUGGAGAAUUACCUAAUUCCAUCGGCAAUCUCAUUCACUUGACACAUUUGGAUUUCUCUAGUUGCAGUCUCAAUGGGUCAGUUCCUAUUUCACUUGGAAACCUUACAAAACUCAAUUAUUUGAGCCUCUCAGCUAAUAAUUUUGCAGGUCAAAUCCCUUCAUUUCUUUCCAAUUUUGAUCAGCUCCAUACAUUAAAUCUUGGAUUCAAUAAUUUCAGCGGUGGAUUUCCAAAAGUUUUUGUCAACUUAACUCAACUUUCUGUUUUAAGCUUAGGGCCUAAUCAACUAGCUGGUCCAAUCCCUUCUCAAGUAAGUCCCCGUGGAAUUCUAGUUUAUAUUAAUUUAUAUGGUAACUCUUUCAAUGGGUCCAUACCAUCUUGGCUAUUCACUCUACCUUUAUUACAGUUUAUGGACCUCAGUUAUAACCAAUUAUCUGGCACUAUAGAUGAAUUUCAAAGUAAAUCUUUGAAAUUUAUUUAUUUAGAUAAUAAUAGAUUGCACGGGUCAAUUCCAGGUUCAAUAUUUGAACUUGUGAAUCUGACUAGUCUCUCUCUUUCUUUAAAUAAUGCAAGUGGAAUUGAGCUUUACUUGUUUUCAGAGCUCAAAAAACUUGAAGGGCUUCAUCUUUCCAAUACCAAUCUAUCAUUGAGUACCAUAUUCAACAAUAACUCUUCCUUUCGCAAACUUCGGUACUUGACAUUAUCGGCUUGUAACAUAAGUGAGUUUCCAGAUUUCUUACGUAGCUCACACCAAUUGGAGUCUCUAGACCUUUCUGACAACAAAAUCCACGGUCAACUUCCCAAGUGGAUGUGGGACAUAGGAAAGGAAACUUUGUACAGUUUAAAUCUUUCCCACAACCUUCUUACAAGCAUAGAUCCGCUUCCAUGGAAAACUCUAAGAUUUCUAGACCUUCAUUCCAACUUGAUUCAGGGACCACUUCCAAAUCCACCACCUUACUUGAGUUUGUUUUCUUUGUCAAACAACAAUCUCACGGGAGAGAUACCUCUCAGCUUGUGCAAUAUGAGUGUCAUACAAAUUCUAGAUCUUUCUUAUAAUAAUUUGAAUGGUACAAUUCCAAAAUGCGUGGGAAACAUUAGUAGUCUCCAUGUGUUGGAUCUACGAAAAAAUAGAUUGCAUGGCAGCAUUCCUGGAAUAUUUGCACGAGACAAUCAUUUUAGGACUCUUAACUUCAAUGGCAAUGGACUUGAAGGGUCGAUCCCACGAAGUUUGGUUAAUUGUAUCAUGCUUGAGGUUCUAGAUCUCGGAAACAACAAGAUAAUUGAUAGUUUCCCAUAUUGGUUGGGAGAUCUUCCGAAGUUGCAGGUUCUUGUUCUUCGCUUCAACAGCUUUUACGGUUUUGAGUGGGGUUCUUCUAAAUUUAAUGGUUCUUUCCCUAUGCUGAGAAUCUUAGAUCUCUCACACAACAAUUUUGGGGGUCAUUUGCCAACAAGGUUGUUUGAGAAUCUAAAAGGUAUGGCGAAUCUUGAUGAAGCCAAGAGGAAGUUGAAUUAUAUGGGUGAAGACUAUUAUCAAGAUUCAGUGGCGAUCGUAGUUAAAGGUUUUGAAAUCCAAUUGGAGAAAAUUGUUACUACUUUCACUGCCAUUGAUUUAUCAAACAAUUCCUUUCACGGAGAAAUUCCAAACUCAAUUGGAAAACUUCAUUCACUUCGACUCCUCAAUCUCUCUCAAAAUAGCCUAACCGGUCAUAUUCCUUUGUCUUUAGGAAAUGUGACUGCACUUGAAGCUUUAGACCUAUCUUCAAACAAGCUUGUUGGAGAGAUUCCAUCGGAAUUGGUAGGUUUGACCUUUCUUGCAAAGUUAAACUUAUCACAAAAUCAUCUUGAGGGAUCGAUUCCUCGGGGGAACCAGUUCGAGACCUUCCAAAAUGACUCGUACAGUGGAAACUUGGGCCUUUGUGGAUUUAUGUUGUCAAACAAAUGUGAUAUUGAUGAGACACCACAACCAGAAUCAUCAAUAGACCAUGAUGAAGAACACAACAUUCCAACCUGGGUAGAUUGGAAAGUCAUUAUGAUGGGUUACGGAAGCGGACUAUCACUGGGCUUAACGAUAGCAUAUAUAGUUUUCUCAACAGGAAAACCACGAUGGUUUCUACAGAUGAUUGAUGGACUUAUUCGAAGAUGUAAUAGAAAGACUAAGCGAAAGUGAUUCUCUUGACAAGGAACUUGCUUGUGGGAGACCGUGUAAGGUGUGGAGAUGAGUGUGAUAAAGGAUUGCCAAAUUUCUGGAUUCAUCGUUUGUAGUUUAAUAUGUAGCGUUAAGUAAUGUUGUAUCAAUUUCAAAUGUUCCUUG